UGAAAACAAACUCCUCCUCACCUCCGCGGUGCCACUUCCACUUUCCAGCGUCCCGCACCGACACGGUCCUCAGACCCAGUAGACCUCACACCCAGACCAAGACCCAGUCCCUCGCCUGAGACCCGGACCAGGACUCUUAGCAACAUGGCCACGCCGCUGAGCGACCAGGAGAAGCGCAAGCAGAUCAGCAUCCGGGGUAUCGUGGGCGUGGAGAACGUGGCGGAGCUGAAGAAAGGUUUUAAUCGCCACCUGCACUUCACUCUGGUCAAAGACAGAAACAUCGCCACUCCCAGAGAUUACUACUUUGCUCUGGCGCACACCGUCAGAGACCACCUGGUGGGAAGGUGGAUCAGAACCCAGCAGUUCUACUAUGAAGCUGACCCCAAGAGAGUCUAUUACCUGUCUCUGGAGUUCUACAUGGGCCGCACCCUCCAGAACACCAUGAUCAACCUGGGCCUGCAGAACGCCUGCGAUGAAGCCAUCUACCAGCUGGGCUUGGACAUGGAGGAGCUGGAGGAGAUGGAGGAGGACGCGGGCCUGGGCAAUGGAGGCCUGGGCAGACUUGCAGCCUGCUUCCUGGACUCCAUGGCCACGCUGGGACUGGCGGCGUACGGUUACGGCAUUCGCUACGAGUAUGGAAUCUUCAACCAGAAAAUCCGAGAUGGCUGGCAGGUGGAGGAGGCGGACGAUUGGCUGCGUCACGGCAACCCCUGGGAGAAAGCCCGGCCCGAGUACAUGCUGCCCGUCCACUUCUACGGGCGCGUGGAGGAGACCAAGGACGGAACCAAGUGGGUCGACACUCAGGUGAUCCUGGCCAUGCCCUACGACACGCCCAUCCCGGGCUACAUGAACAACACGGUGAACACCAUGAGGUUGUGGUCCGCCCGCGCCCCCAACGACUUCAACCUGAGGGACUUUAAUGUCGGAGAUUACAUCCAGGCCGUUCUGGACCGGAAUCUGGCCGAGAACAUUUCCCGUGUGCUGUACCCCAACGACAACUUCUUCGAGGGCAAAGAGCUGCGUCUCAAGCAGGAAUACUUCGUGGUGGCGGCCACGCUGCAGGACAUCAUCCGCCGCUUCAAGACCACCAAGAAGGGCGGCCCGGGGCGCACGUCCUUCGAGAGCUUCCCUGAAAAAGUCGCCGUCCAGCUGAACGACACCCACCCAGCCAUGGCUAUCCCUGAACUCAUGAGGAUCUUUGUGGACAUCGAGAAGCUGGACUGGGACGUGGCCUGGGACCUGACCAAGCGCACCUUUGCCUACACCAACCACACCGUUCUCCCUGAGGCUCUGGAGCGCUGGCCUGUGGAGCUGAUGGAGAGCCUCCUGCCCAGACACCUGCAGAUCAUCUACCACAUCAACCAGAUGCACCUGGACAGGAUCUCGUCGCUCUUCCCCGACGACGUGGGCAAGCUGAGGAAGAUGUCCCUGAUCGAAGAGGAAGGAGGCAAGAGGGUGAACAUGGCGCACCUGUGCAUCGUGGGCUCGCACGCCGUCAACGGAGUCGCUCAGAUCCACUCCAACAUCAUCAAGACUCAAGUGUUCCGUGACUUCAGCGAUUUGGAGCCUAAGAAGUUCCAGAACAAGACCAACGGCAUCACUCCCAGACGCUGGCUGCUGCUCUGCAACCCUGGCCUGGCCGAGCUGCUGGCGGAGGUGAUCGGGGAGGACUACGUGAAGGACCUGGGACAACUGCGGGCCUUGAGUGACGUCGUGGACGACGCUGCCUUCAUCCGAGACGUCGCCAAAGUCAAACAGGACAACAAGGCCAAGUUCGCCCAGUACCUGGAGAGAGAGUACAAGGUGAAGAUCAACCCGGCGUCCAUGUUCGACGUCCACGUGAAGAGGAUCCACGAGUACAAGCGGCAGCUGCUCAACUGCCUGCACAUCGUCACCAUGUACAACCGCAUCAAAAAGAACCCGUCGGCACCUUUCGUACCUCGCACUGUCAUCAUCGGGGGAAAGGCGGCUCCUGGCUACCACAUGGCCAAGAUGAUCAUCAAGCUGAUCACGUCGGUGGCGGCGGUGGUCAACAAUGACCCCGUGGUGGGAGGCAAGCUGAAGGUCAUCUUCUUGGAGAACUACAGAGUCUCCUUGGCGGAAAAAGUGAUCCCGGCCACGGAUCUGUCCGAGCAGAUCUCCACGGCGGGCACGGAGGCCUCGGGGACGGGCAACAUGAAGUUCAUGCUGAACGGGGCGCUGACCAUCGGCACCAUGGACGGCGCCAACGUGGAGAUGGCCGAGGAGGCGGGCGAGAAGAACCUCUUCAUCUUUGGCAUGCGGGUGGAAGACGUGGCGGAAGUCGACAAAAAGGGGUAUGACGCCAUGUCUUACUACGAGAAGAUCCCUGAGCUGAAACAAGCAAUGGACCAGAUCACGAGCGGAUUCUUCAGCCCCAAAAACCCAGAUCUCUUCAAAGACUUGACGGAGAUGCUCUUCAAACAUGACCGGUUCAAAGUGUUUGCAGACUUCGAGGCGUACUUGAAGUGCCAGGAGAAAGUCAGCAAACUCUACCAGAAACCAAAAGAGUGGACCAAAAUGGUGGUGAGGAACAUUGCGGCGACAGGAAAGUUCUCCAGCGACAGAACCAUCGCCGAGUACGCCACCGAGGUCUGGGGGGUGGAGCCCACUGACCUCAAGAUCCCCCCACCCAACGAGCCCAGAGAGGCCAUCGUGGAAACUGCCAGAGCUCUGAAGAAGUGACCACCCAGGAAGUAACACGCCUCACUUUCACAUGCUUUAUUUGCCAUCUACAACACUUUAGUCUGUUACACAUUUUCACUGUGGCCUCUAGAAACUAUUCACUCACACCUGAGAGCUUUCCUUGCACAAUCUGGCCUCUUUGACACAAU